AUGAGCGCGAGGACGUUAACGAACGUCGUGAACGACCAGACGGUUGCGCUUAACGCACUGAUUUACGGAUACGCGGGGCACAGCCUGGUCACCCCGCAACACGCCCUCCAGCAGAUAUGGUGGACCGAAGAGCGAAUCAACGAGAAAGUCAAUCAUGAAUAUGUGACCUCGAGGUUGCAGCCAAAAGAAAGGGAACGUCUCACCCAGCCUGUAGGCUUCGGCGACUUGAGCGACGAUACCUACAUCGAAUGGAUACUGGAGAAGGCGCGACGACUAUUUCUGAUAUUGGUAGAAAUUGGUGAAGCGGAUCGAAUUUUCGCUGUCGUCGAUAGGUCGUGGGACGACGAUGAUCUACCUCUCGAAAUGGACGACAUCGAACAGCUUUCGCUUUCAAACCGACGCGAUAAUCACGCCAAUGCUCGCUUCUAUCACACCCAGUUCACGUUCUUGUUGAGAGAACUACGAGAAGGCAUACACAUAGAUUAUGCGCCUAAUGAGGAGAUUCCAGUCGAAAAUGUCAUGUCGCUACCUGUGGCAGUAAGCUUGCAACCUUGGUCGCGCAUGCAUCUCCCGAAAAAACCCAAGGACAUCUUCGUUCGUAGAAGAUUUGCGCUAGGUGAUGCAGAUACGCCAGACGCUUUUGAACAGGAUUUCAUGAUGGACGUUGAGAGCGCUAGAAUGGUCGAGCAUGAGCACUUUGCGCCAAUCUGGGCCUCGUAUACCGCUAAAGGGGUUGGCUACAUUGUCACCAACUUCGUAGGCCACCAUACACUUCGCACAUUCAUCGACCACCGUAAUCCCACCCAAUACCAAAAACUACCGAAGCCCGAUCGGAGAUGGCUAGUGCUCAGUUGGAUGCAUUGUCUGGCGGAUGCCAUUGCGACACUGCAUCAGAACGGGUUCUGCCACUCUGCUAUUCGACCUUCCAACAUCCUUGUUGACGAACAAAACGCUAUAGCCUUCAGCGACAUCGGUAGUCUAGAAACGUUCCAAAAGGAUAAAAAGCCCGAUGCCAUGGAUGCCUACAUAUACAGCGCGCCGGAGGCAAACAACAGCGUAGGGCCGUUCGACCCAAAUGGACCUGCACCGUCACCCGUCGUCCCGAGUACUCGACAUGCAUCAAUAAUGAGCAAGAGCUCGUCGGGAUCCUCGAGUAGUAGUGGCUCACAACGUCAGAAGCUUACCAAGGCUCCUACAACCGAUUUCUCCGGAUUUAACUUCGGAUUCAAGAAGUCAAAACAGAAGCCAGUGCCAAAGAAACGAUCGCGAGUCCACGAAUCCGAGACGGCAGAUAUAUUCUCCCUUGGUUGCGUGUUCUUGGAGAUCAUUACGUUCAUGCUCAAGAAAAAACCGCAUGAUUUCGUAAAGCACCGCACAUCGAAACAAAGGACCAACACUGGCGGCAAGAAUUCUCGGACGGACUCAUCGUAUCAUGUCAAUCUUGACAAGGUCGAGACUUGGAUAAAUCUGCUAGAAAAGGCCUCGUUCGAGCAUGACGAUGACGCAUUUCGUGCAGUACCUCACAUCUUGCAGAUCAUCCGAAGCAUGCUUAGCAGAGCGCCCACAGGCAUCGCUAAUGACGAUGUCGACAAUGAGUUCUAUGAGCUCGAGUACCUCGGACACGGAUACGAUCCGCUCAAGCACGACCCGGGUGAGCUCGAUACUGAACUCUUAUUCCGACCGAACUACCUUACAUGGUAUUGA